AUGAGUCGAGAGAUUAGAUCGAUGGAUAACUGGGCACUGCUGUAUGCACAGAAUCUUGCAUUAGAAGGGAAGCAGCCAUUACUAGUAGUCUACAACUUAGCAAUAGGGUAUCUUGGUGGAGGACUGCGACAACAUGUGUUCAAGGUUGGUGGCCUAAGGGUGCUAGCAAAGAAUUUACGAGAUAAGGGUAUAUCCUUCCGAGUCGAUUACUCUAAGGACUUCCCUAAGGCCCUAAGUAAGAUGGUCACUAUGCUUGGAUGCAGCCAUGUGGUCACUGACUUUACACCACUCAAGGUCAAUAAAGCUUGGGAGGAUGCCUUUAUAAAAGAAGCAGAGAGGUUGGGCAUCAGGUUCGAUCAGGUUGAUGCUCAUAAUAUUGUUCCCUGUUGGGUCGCUUCUGAUAAACUCGAAUACGCGGCUCGAACAAUAAGGCCUAGACUCUGGCGCAACUGGGAUACCUACUCUACGGAGUUCCCCACUCUACAUAAGCAUCCAUACCAUUAUGAUGGUGCCCAUUUCGAGAUCACAUCAGAGGCCUGCUUUGAUAUGCUCUUAUCAGAUAAUGAGCAGCAGCUGUUGGCCGGUCUCGAUCAUGGUGUUAAACCAGUUACUAAGGUGUUGCCUGGUGAGGAUGCUGGUCUUGAGCAUUUAUACACCUUUAUUAAGAAUAUGAAGGGAUAUAGCCAAUUCCGUAAUGAUCCUACCAAGAAUGCUAUCUCUGAUUUAAGUCCAUAUUUCCACUACGGCAUGGUGAGCCCACAAAGAGCUGUUAUGGAGGUGGCUAAGGCGAAGUCUAUACCUAAACCCGAUAGAGAUGCUUUUAUUGAGGAGGCAUUCAUACGUCGUGAACUAGCGGAUAACUUCUGCUACUAUAACGAGAAUUAUGAUAGAUUUGAAGGUUUCCAUAAUUGGGCUCAGAAGACUCUACAGGAUCAUGAGGCCGAUAAACGAAAGUAUGUAUAUAGUCUGAGUCAGUUGGAGAAGGCUUCAACACAUGAUGAGCUAUGGAAUGCUUGUCAGAAUCAGAUGCUUAAAUCUGGUAAGAUGCAUGGCUAUUUACGUAUGUAUUGGGGUAAGAAGAUCCUCGAAUGGACAGAGAAUCCUAGACAAGCAUUAAAGUUUGCUAUCUAUUUAAACGAUAAAUAUGAAUUAGAUGGUAGAGAUCCCAAUGGUUAUGUUGGUUGUGCCUGGAGUAUUGGUGGUAUUCAUGACCAAGGAUGGGCUGAACGUCCGAUAUUUGGUAAGAUACGUUACAUGACAUAUGAUGGAUGCAAGAGGAAGUUCGAUAUACAAAAGUAUAUAAACAAAUGGGGUGGAAUUAAGGAGGGUAAGGAUGAUGAUAACUAUGGUAUCAAAGCAUACUUGAAGAAGAGGUCAACAACCGACGGAGAGUCAUCUAAUGCUGCCUCGAAACGCUCCAAGAUUAUCACCUCAUUACAGUGA